GAGGCGCCGUCAGCGCAUCCUGCUGCGGCAGAACCUGGACUCUGGCUGCGAAACAGCGCAGAAAGCGGCGGAGCGGAGGAUUUGGCGUGAAGGGACGUGUGCGGACUUUUUUGUGGUUAUUUUAGGUUAUUACAACACCGAGCUCUUGAGUGACUCACUCCGCCUCCGUCGCCCUCCUCCGCGCCGCGCGCUCCCAGUUCGGUUUCACCUGUUGACGCAGACGCGCGGCUUUGAUGAUCCGUCGGGUUUGUGGGAAGGUCACCUGGUGAAAGAGCGACAACUUCACAGGAAAACACCUGGAUCCUCUGAAUAUGAAAAUGAAAGCGCUCGCGAGACCAAGCUCGCUGAUGUGACGCGUCGGGGACAGUUUCACGCGCUUCCUUCUCUCGUGUCGUGCGGCGUUGACACUUUUGACCCGAAACUCUGCUCAGUCAGGCUGGAACGCGCAAAUCCCGUCACCUCGCACAUGUUCCGUAGAAAUGCCUCAACACAACAUGGAGACCCCCAGGAGCCCGUGGCUGCAGUCGCCGUGGGUCGCCCGCGUGGCCGGAGGUCACAGUCCCUCCUCCUCCGGGGCCGAGUCGGACACGGAGAGCAGCAGCUCGGCGAGCGAGAAGCCCUGCGUCAGGAAGCUGGACGGGGGCUCGCUGAGGGUCCUAACGGCGCCCUCCACGCUCCAACAGCGAAUCACAGAGAUCGACCAGCAGAAGGAGGAGCUGAAGAUUGAGCUGCAGCUGGAGAUCGCGCUGCUGCAGGGCGAGCUGCAGACGGAGAGGGACCAGCUGCGCAGACACACGCAGAAGCUGCAGGCGCUGCAGCAGGAGGCGCGACGGCGGGAGACGCUCAGACGCGGCGAGAGGAGAACGGAGCGCGAGAAUCUGGAGGAGGAGCGGCGCCGGGUGGAGGAGCUGAGGAGGAGCUGCUGCGAGAAGGAGAGGCUGAUCUCCAGUCAGCCGGAGAGCAAGCGGGAGCAGCUCCGACGGCAGCUGCAGCCGGAGAAGGAGGCGAUGGAGGCGGCGGCGCGGGCGUUCGAGGACUGGGAGUUCCGCGUCCUGGAGCGCGAGAGCGGCCUGGAGGAGGACGAGGAGGCCGGGUCGGGCCGGGACCCGGGAGCGGGUCAGAGGGAACUGUCCUGCCAGCAGCACGCGGUCAACGCGGCCCAGGAGCGAGUCGAGCAGCUGGAGACGCAGCUGCAGGAGAUGGAGAGGGAGAAGGAGCGGGAGCUGAGCGCCCUGAGGAAGGAGAGGAGGGAGCUCGUCCACACGACUCACACCGUUCUCAAAGAGAAGAACCAGUUCGCCGAUUGGGCCGACGUAACCGGCUCUGCCCCCUGCAUGAUGUCACUGUCCCCCCUGACGGCGCACAAGCCUCCUCAGGUGCCGAUCGGACCGUUGGCCCGCGGUGACGCAGACUUGAAUGUGACGGGCUGUGCUUUUCAGGACCCGUGCAGAGAAGCCACCAGUUUCCCCAGGAGGAGGAGUUCCCACAGGAGCAGCAAGGCGACGGACAGGCCGGUCUCGGUCCAGGGGCUGGUGAGGCCGCUUCCGGGCGUCCACCCCCCCGAGGCCUUCACCUCCCCCCCCCCCGCUCACAGACUCAGCAACGGCCACAGACCCGGGACCAGCAACGGCGGCGCCCUCCUCACGCCCUGCGACAGCGCCACCAGCUCCCGCGCUGCCAGCCCGUGCCUGUUGGAUCUUGUGGAAAUGGAGAGGAAGCUGAGGGAGGCCAAGGCGGAGAGGGAGCGACUGCUCAGGGAGCGGGAGGAGCGACGGCAGAUGUUACUGGAGGAGAGGCCCCCCACCGCCGCCCAAACAGGAGCACAGGGAUGUGAGAGCCCCCCGGGGCCGGAGCUGGAGGUGAAGGAGCAGCCACAGGCUCCGCCUCUCUCCUCCACAGAGCAGCGCAGCCUGCCCCUUUUCCUCUCCCCGAACUUUGACCUCCGGGCCCACGUGGAGUCGCUGGGUCACGGAGUGGCCGCCUGCACCGACCUGCGGCUGACGCCGCGACGCUGCGCCGGCUUCCUGACCAAGAGGGGGGGGAGGGUGAAGACCUGGAAGAAGAGGUGGUUCCUGUUCGACACGGAGCACAGGCGGCUGGCGUACUACACAGACUGUGAUGAGCGGAAGCUGAAGGGCGUCAUCUACUUUCAGGCCAUAGAGGAAGUUUACUACGAUCACCUACGAACGGCUGCGUCUUCUCCACGGCCGGUCCUGACCUUCUGCGUCAAGACGUACGACCGACUUUUCUUCCUGGUGGCUUCAAACGCAGUCUCCAUGCGGAUUUGGAUGGACGUCAUCGUCACGGCGACCGAUGAGCACAGCCGAUAUUGACCGUUCUUUUUUUUAUGUGACUGGAGACACAUUGAGACAUUGAGAGAGUUCUGCCCGUCUGAGGGCGGUGGGGCUGAGAUCCACAUCAGGGGCCGACGUUGCACCUGGAACCAUCAGGAUGCGGAGGAAGUGCACGGCACUCGCACGUGCGCUGACUUUCAUGGUGUCGCUGUGAUUAAAGUGAACGGAGGAAACGGUUACUGACAGAAUAAAGCUUCCGUGGUGACGCCACUGGUUUCGCUUUUACUCGGAGGAUUUUUGCUUGAACAGGAGCUCCCCCUGCUGGUCACUUACUGACAUUACAAGACUGUCAACAGAAUAAACUGCUCAAACUGUAUGAGUGAAGCUUUGAUGGACCGUCAGCUGUGUCGAGGGCAAACACUAUUUCUCUACCUGAGUCUUUGUUUUCAGUAAAGACCGAUUUAAUCUUUAUCAUUUAAGUUAUUCCUUGGGAGUUUAUAUGGGUUUCAUAUCUAACAAGUGUAAGCAUCAAUGAUGUGAAUACACAAUUAAAUGGGUCUUUGUAUAAAUCA